GACACAUUUUAAAUCGUACUGCUUUCCGACUCGAGCCGCAAUUUUCCUGUUGUUAGCGAAUGUUUAUAGGAAAACAACCGUUGUUUCUUCUAUUGGUUUGUUCAUCGGCUAGCGGAGUACUAACCUUAAUGAAACUGGAUUUGUUUUGUUUUAGUCAAAUAUCUGACUGUCAGCGCGCAACUAUGGUAGCUGGAGCUUGGUAUUUGGUGAAACGACUCGGAUGUCGCUGCUAGCAAGCUAACGUUAACUCUACGAACAUGCUCUUCAGCAAGCCAGCCCAAUUAACGUUAGUUGACUGACUUUAGGGGUUCAGUUGUUAACCUCCCAUUCUGAAUACGAGACUAUGUUGCAAUGCAUGAUCAGCGUAGUGAAACCAUAGACUGUGUUUCAACAUGUCAGCAUUACUUGCUACACUACCUCCGUACACGCCGAGCUAUUGCUUUAUUUUUGUAACACCUUCUGUACCUACAAUACUUUUAAAGUCAGCAAGAUGAUGAUAAGUUCGCUAGUCUAAGUUACUGUCAUUAUAAAGUCUUCAGAUAUGGUGUCUCGACAACAGAAGCGCGUUUUGCGAUAUGUGGAGGAGGGAAGUCUGCUUAAACUAAAAUCCUAUUUGCGCAAACACCCAGACGUGGAGCUGAACUUUUCCGCAGGGAGAAAACAGAGGGCCCCGUUGCAUUUGUCCUGCUCGCUCGGGGACGACGGGGUGAUGCGGCUGCUACUGAAGAAGGGAGCGGAUCCGCUUCACAGGGACCGAAAUGGGGACACACCUCUGCACCUGGCAGCCAAAAGGGCUCUCAAACGCGGCAAACGUGCCUACGAUGACCUGGUGGUCCCCCUUCAGAAGAGUUGUCCCGUCGCCAUGGAAACACCGAACAAGGCAGGAGUCACACCAAAGGAUUUACUACAAUGGAUGAGAGAAGAUCAGUUUCGGGAGCCAGCAGUAAACGCCGGGGCCUCCGCAGCAGCUGACCCUGACAGAGCCUGGCGGGACAAGCUUUUCGGCGAGUGCCAGGAUGAGUUCCACGAGACGUUUGGACAGUACGAUGAAGACUUCCUCCAGGACGACGUGGACUCUGAGGACUUUGGCGACUGGGCGGAGCGCAUCCGGCGGGAGUACGUGAGCCAGCAGCACGCCCGCGCCCAGCGGCAGGCGUCCGCGGCCUCGAAGGGGGGGAGGAAGAGGGGGAAGACGAAGGAGGAGGCGGAGGAGGAGGAGCGCGGCCGGCGGGAGCUCCAGGCCAGGCUCCAGAGGGAGCACGCGGAGUACCUGGCGCGCGCCGAGCGGAAGGAGGCGGAGACGCAGCUGAGCAGGAGGCGGCGGUACGAGGAGAGGUGCGCCGCCACGUUCCGCGCCGACUCGGCCGCGCGGCUGGGCUACGACGACAUCCCCUGGCCCGCCCCGCGCGGCUCCGUGGCCCAGAUGGUGGAGGUGAUGCUGCACGGCUCCGACCGAGCCGACCUGCCCGCCUUCCGGAAGCUUCUGAAGCGCCAGCAGGCGCUCUGGCACCCGGACAAGUUCGCCCAGCGCUGCGGUGACCGCCUGGAGGAGGGCGAGCGGAAGAGGAUCCUCGACACGGUCACCGGCCUCUCCCAGGAGCUCAACAGGCUGGCCCAGAGCGUGCGGUGACCAAAACCACCCAAUCACUGGACACGCUCAACAGGCUGGCCCAGAGCGUGCUGUGACCAAAACCACCCAAUCACUGCACACGCUCAACAGGCUGGCCCAGAGCGUGCUGUGACCAAAACCACCCAAUCACUGGACACGCUCUCCGGGCUCUCCCAGGAGCUCAACAGGCUGGCCCAGAGCGUGCGGUGACCAAAACCACCCAAUCACUGGACAUGCUCAGAGGCUUCUUCACUGGCUACAUGACAGUACAUUACAGUUAUUUAGUUGACGCUUUUUCCAAAGUUACUUUCAGUUGAUUAGACUAAGCAGGGGACAAUUGCCCCUGGAGCAAUGUGGGGUUAAGAGCUCAACAGCUGCUCUGAUUUUCCUGUGGCUACACCGGGGUUUAAACCACCAACCUUUCAGGUCCCAGUCAAGCACAUUAGCCACUUGGCUCCAGGCUGCCUUGGUUACCAUUCAGGUGAAUUGUGUUGAGAACCUGGAAAAAAAAAAGAAAUCAUUGGCAAAUUCAUUGGCCAACGUUUCAUUUGUUGACGAGUGGCUGCCAUAAAUGAUCCUGUAAAGAUAAUUCCAGUAUUCCAAGAUUGCUAUCCAGGUGCCAUGUCAAUGUGUCAUUCUGACAUCCAUGACUUUUCUCUGUUAAGAGUUUGGUCCUUGAAUAUUGCAUUUUAUCACCAGUGAAAGGGGUGAGUCCCUGUGUGGCUGCCAUAAAUGGAGAAUGAAUAGAGCAGAAAAGAACAACCGGUCCCAUUUUUCCCCAAAAAAUGUGGGUGUGCAGCUAGCCAAUGACAGCGUGAGGGAGGAUACUUCAAUCGUGAAAAGCAGCUUACCCACCCAAAUAGUCAAAAGGCUGGACCGUACCUGUGGAUCAAAGCAGUGAAAUUGCAACGAUUGUUCCGUAAAUGUACAAAUUUAACAAAGUUUUUAUUUAUUUAUUUUACAUGGCAAAACAUAUACACCCAGUUCUCUAUCGGUAACUGCCAGUCAUGGGGAUU